AUGUUUCUCUUGUCAUCGUUUCCACCAAAGAUUGGUCCCCUUGGAUGCACUAAAUGGCGUUUACCUAUUCACUAUUCCUCCGUAGUGCGCAUCCUCAGACCCUGUGAUGCGUACCUGGAUAGGGGUGGGAGCAGAGGUGGUUCCCUACAUUCAGGUAUGACGGUGGGAACCAUCUUGUCGCUUCUCAGGAGUCACUGGCCGGGCUCCAUACCUGAAGCUUACGAACCAGACGGAGCUGAGGUGGGUGCCGAGUUCCAGUUGUUCCCGUAUGUAUGUACAGUCACGAUGCUGUGCGACGCUCUCUAUACGCAUCUCGUGCUGCGUCACCGGUUCCUGGAUUCGCUCUGCGGAUCCCCCGUCACAGGAUCUGAGGAGAAUACCUUCUUCUGUGGAAACUCGAGAGUCCAGACCUUUCCCGUGAAAAAAAAAGGACGCACUAUCGCAGCGACGAGGACAACCAACGCGUGCCACGGUAGCAUCGAACAUCCCCACCGGGACGCCUUGAAACGACGGAGGCAGACUUACCUAAGCCAGACCCGGCGGUCGAUGAAGAGUCUGGAUGCUUCAGCCUUCACUGAGCUGGAGCACAAACUGGGGAAAGGUAGUGGCCUCAGGUUUCCAAGGCCAUUGGCAAGCAUACGCACGGACGGCCCUUUCUCCCCAAACAAUCUCCCCUCAGGAACUUUAGAAACCCACGGACCUCACGGCCUCGCUGCCGAGCGAGAGAGCUGCGAGAAGCCAAAGCCUAUCCACAAGGCCGGGGAGAGCCGGCCAGCACCGGGCUCCACAAUGCCAGAGGAAGCCCCCAACCUCCCUCUCUCUUUUCCUUCCCGGACGCCGCCAGCCCGCUCCGGACUCCGUGGACCCCAAGGCGUCAAGGCCCCAUCUUCUUGCACAAAAUUGCGCAAGGACAACCCCAGCUCACAGAUUCACAGCUUCUUUAGUGCUCCCGUCAUGGAGGAUUCAUCCUGGGGCCAUCCACUAAACAAGAAACUUGUUCGUCAAUGGCCUUUCUUGCACUUGCUCUCUGGCAAUAGCUCAAGCUUAGCCGAGUCUAGCUCUCCCCAGGAUUUUUGGGGGGAGGCCCCUCUCAGCUCAGCCAGGCCUCAAAAAGAAACCCGGUUUUACCACACGAUGGAGUAUUCCAGUGUUGAAGAAAAACAAGGCCAUGCUGCCCGAAUGACCGGUGCAGAUUUUCACCUUAGCACGGCACCACGGGAAGCCGGCGCCGACGGUUGGACGACGGUUAGAUCGGGCGUCGUCCAUUUGCUUGUCCCGCAUCCCUGGACUCGAAGACCCGGUCUUGUGGUUUUUUCAGACACGUCAAAGAAUGAAGAUACCUUAGCUCUCCCCGUCAGCGGCGGCGCUGCUGCCCAAGCCUUUGGCAGGAAAAAACCUGAGACCCUUGACAGCCACAAGGCGCAGUCCGACGAUCUACAACUACACUAUCAAGGGUUGGCAGGGCCUUAUUCGGGCCUCGUUCAGCAACCACCCCCCCUCGUUGUCGUCAAACUGACUCGAAGGCCGCAAUUAAGCAAUAUGGAAAGGUCGGCCUCGAUCGAUGGGGAUGGAUCAUGGGGUGGCACCCAGCACGCAAGCGCGCGCAAGACAGGCGCCGCAUUGCGAAAUGUCCAGGCCCGUCUGUAUAUUGCCUCCAUAGACUACGGGCCCAAGACUAUCACGGGAUGCAUCUAUGCGGUCCUUUCGAAUACCCCAAGAAAUCCUUCAGCGGCCGUUGACUUCUUUGUCUCUGUUGUGUUGGGGAGCUUGGGAGACGAUCCGGCGCACCCCGCGGCAUUGGCUUGGAGAUUGAAGAAUCGCCCGCGCAUCGUUUCCGUCCUCGGCGAACGGCGCCGGGCCAGCGCAGAGCGCCAGCGGGACAAGCUGGAAGUCUGUUUUGCGGAGCUCCCGGGGGUGUGCAAAUUUUCUUGGGCUUUACGGAUACAUCCAGCUCUCCGUAACCGCCUUGCGGCGCUGUCCGUCUGGGGGAGGAGAGAAGGGGACGGCGGGCGGGGAAAACAGUGGGAAUCCCAAACUGCUGCCAAAACCGGCGCGGGAUGGGACUGUGGGACGGAGGGGUGGGAAGACAUCUGCAAUGCAACACCACGGCAAUUCCUAUCUACUAUCGACAUAUUAAUUGCAAAGUGUUAUUUGCUCGAUUCUUCGCGCUCUUUUUUCUUCAACGGCCCCCAAUGCUACCUACCGCAGCUUCAUAGCAUUGAGCAGAAGAUUUCGGUUGCUUCAACCCAAAGGAGGAGCUUCAACGCCAUCGGUUUUGAUGCCCGCGGCGCGGCAUGGACCCUUGGAUUUGGACGAGGAUGGAACAAGCUCAUCGAAAGGGGUCAAAACUCUGUCUCGAUGGGGGCGUUGCGUUCAUGGUCUGGUUUGACGAUGCUUGCACGACAGAGCUAUUUUCAGUACAAGCUUUUUCUCCUCAAUAGCAAAAGCCUAGUCUUGACCGCCCUGACUAACGGACUACGUACUCCGUUGUCCGUUGUCCUUCGCAACGGAGCUUGUUGGCCGGAAGGUUCGGGGGAGCACCGCACUGGAGGGUUCCACUCUGUCUCUAUGGAGGAGGGGCACGGUGCUCCCGGCCGGCGCUGUUUCGGGAGCUGCGGCGGUGCGAAGCCGAGAAGGAUGCGAGGUACGGAAGAGUCUGUGCCAAGCGAAUACGAUGCAUCCGAUGGUGCCCUAUACUUUGUUGGAUUGGCUACCGGAGGCUUCCGGCCGGCUGAGAAUGGCCAGACCGAUUGCCGGGCCUUGGUGUGCUUGUUCGGGCCCGUGGCUUCUUUCCUGGAUAGUCAGUUUACGUCUGGCUGCAAGAUACUGUCGACAUCUUAUUACUUUGGGUCGAGCUUUUGUGAGCACCGUGUUAUCUUUCGUGAUAGGUUGCUCGGGGGCCGGUUUCAUCGCCUCGACUUCCUUACCGUGCUUGUAGGUAUGGGCUUCGAGGGGCUUUCCAAACUUCAGCUGCCGCAGGUUGUCUGUUGGCUUUACAGGCCUGGAUUGUUCAGUCUCAGCCAAGCUCUCACGUCGCCGAACGGAAGACAUCUAGAUCAUUACUUCCUUCUUUGUACCAAAUACCUUCAGCAUCUACGAAGCUUCCAAGGGUACUUCAUCGCUGUGAGGAAAACGAUGGCCAUUCCCUUUUGCUCUCUGCCAUGCUUCACCGUCAAUCUCCAAAACUUCAAAGACAGCCACUUGACUGUCUCGAACAACAACAAUGGUGCUCUUUUCUUUCGACUGCGGACCUCGGCGUCUCUCAAUCAGCCCCCAAGCGCAUUCUCACCCAACUUCUUCUCAGCUUGGUGCAUCUCAAGCCAUUUCGAUGCGGUAGAAGCUUCUUUUGUAAAUUUUGAGCCGAAGUUUACCAGCCUUCUGGCCUUCCAAGAGUGGGGGACCACCAAGGGGCACAUUGCGGUGAAGUCCCCCGUGCCUCGGCCUCUGCUUCUGUGGCUACUCGCUAAUAUCGCCUCCUCUUCGGCCACCUACUGCCGCGGCAUUCAAACUUCAGUCCUGGUCAUGUUUCUCGAUAUCGAUGUCGCAACUGGAUCCACGGGGAUUUUGAAACUCAAGUGUUUACAGCGGCAAGAAAUGCUAUCACGCCAGUAUACUGAGGAGUACAUAUGUGAAUCUGUUGAAGCCCGAAUCCCCUCAUCGCUGGCCAAAUUCAAGCAGAACGCCGUGAAGAUGUUCCAAAACUGUACAGAAGCAUAUCGCAAUAUCUCAAUUUUGGGAGGCUUUUUCUGUGAAAAUGCCAGGAACAACUUCGAAAUGUGCGACGGGGAUGCGUACACAAUCAAACCGGGCAAGGUAGCCCCCGAAAAGACAAAGGCCAUGGAUGAAAGGGAAUGUGCCAGUGACAGUGCCACUUCUUGGAGCAUCAGCAGAUCUCGAAGUCGUGGCGAUGGACGCUGUCAUAGCUCUGGCUACGCACCCCCGGGAACUCCCAACAUGCCGUAUGCUAUGCCGUCUCUCAUCUCCUCAAACAUCCAAGUUUUGUACAGUCCAGUUGAUUAG